UGUGUUCUGAUCAGAGACCAAAUAAAUGACAUUCAGAACUCCCACUGAGGUACUAUAAGCUUUCACGGUAACAUGGCACCUGUUUUCUUUCUACAAGAGAAACUCAGCACACAGCAGCAUCCUUGAUAAAUUGGUUUGAUGAUCCUACUUGGAAUAGACUAUGUCAGAGAAUCACAAUGACCUUGCACAAUAACAGUACAGCCUCGCCUUUGUUUCCAAACAUCAGCUCCUCCUGGGUCCACGGCCCCUCGGAUGCAGGGCUGCCCCCAGGAACGGCCACCCACUUUGGCAGCUACAACAUUUCUCGAGCAGCUGGGAACUUCUCCUCUCCCAAUGGCACCACCAGUGACCCUCUGGGAGGUCACACCAUCUGGCAAGUGGUCUUCAUCGCCUUCCUGACGGGCGUGCUGGCCUUAGUGACCAUCAUCGGCAACAUCUUGGUGAUAGUGGCCUUUAAGGUCAACAAGCAGCUAAAGACAGUCAAUAACUACUUCCUCUUAAGCCUGGCCUGUGCCGAUCUGAUUAUUGGGGUAAUUUCAAUGAAUCUGUUUACUACCUACAUCAUCAUGAACCGAUGGGCUUUAGGAAACUUGGCCUGUGACCUCUGGCUCUCCAUUGACUACGUGGCCAGCAAUGCCUCGGUCAUGAAUCUUCUGGUCAUCAGCUUUGACAGGUACUUUUCCAUCACGCGGCCACUCACAUACCGAGCCAAACGAACCACAAAAAGAGCCGGCGUGAUGAUAGGUCUGGCUUGGGUCAUCUCCUUCAUCCUUUGGGCCCCCGCCAUCUUGUUCUGGCAGUACUUUGUUGGGAAGAGAACUGUGCCCCCAGGGGAGUGCUUCAUUCAAUUCCUCAGCGAGCCCACCAUCACCUUUGGCACGGCCAUUGCUGCCUUCUACAUGCCUGUCACCAUCAUGACUAUUUUAUACUGGAGGAUCUACAAGGAAACUGAGAAACGCACCAAAGAGCUUGCUGGCCUACAAGCUUCGGGGACAGAAGCAGAGGCAGAAAACUUCGUCCACCCCACGGGCAGCUCUAGAAGCUGCAGCAGCUACGAGCUUCAACAGCAGAGCAUGAAGCGCUCGGCCAGGAGGAAAUACGGACGCUGUCACUUCUGGUUCGCCACCAAGAGCUGGAAGCCCAGCGCUGAGCAGAUGGACGCGGACCAGAGCAGCAGCGACAGUUGGAACAACAACGACGCUGCCGCCUCCCUGGAAAACUCGGCCUCCUCCGAUGAGGAGGACAUCGGCUCUGAGACAAGAGCCAUCUACUCCAUCGUGCUCAAGCUUCCCGGCCACAGCACCAUCCUCAACUCCACCAAAUUACCCUCCUCGGACAACCUGCAGGUGCCUGACGAGGAGCUGGGGGCAGCGGACUUGGAGAGGAAGGCCGGCAAGCUGCAGGUCCAGAAGAGCGUGGACGAUGGAGGCAGUUUCCAGAAAAGCUUCUCCAAGCUUCCCAUCCAGUUAGAGUCGGCCGUGGACACAGCUAAGACCUCUGAGGCCAACUCCUCAGUGGGUAAGGCCACGGCCACUCUACCUCUGUCCUUCAAGGAAGCCACUCUGGCCAAGAGGUUUGCUCUGAAAACCAGAAGUCAGAUCACCAAGCGGAAGCGGAUGUCCCUCAUCAAGGAGAAGAAGGCGGCCCAGACCCUCAGCGCCAUCUUGCUUGCCUUCAUCAUCACCUGGACCCCCUACAAUAUUAUGGUUCUGGUGAACACCUUUUGUGACAGCUGCAUCCCCAAAACCUAUUGGAAUCUGGGCUACUGGCUGUGCUACAUCAACAGCACCGUGAACCCCGUGUGCUAUGCCCUGUGCAACAAAACAUUCAGAACCACUUUCAAGAUGCUGCUCUUGUGCCAGUGUGACAAACGCAAGAGGCGUAAGCAGCAGUACCAGCAGAGACAGUCGGUGAUCUUCCACAAGCGCGUGCCCGAACAGGCCUCGUAGAGUGAGGGCUGGUCGAUCGCGGUGACCAAACGCACACACAUCAGCCCACAGACCUUAGCAGGGAGUGAGGCGAGGGUGGGGGCAAUGUCUGGGCAUGAUAAAUAUGUUUUUUAUCACCCAGAUAUGGAAGGAGCUGCCUGUUCACUGACCCACUGAAUAAAUCCAUUUUAAUAGAGAAAGUCAAAUACCAAUUC